AUGAAGUUCUUCUCUGUCGCCCUCGUCGCUACCAUUGCCUCAGUAGCCAUCGCCGCCCCUGUCCCAGAACCCACCGUUGCUCCCCAAGGCUUCGGUAAUCCCGGUGGUGCUCCCGCCUGGAAGAGGGAAGCUGAGCCCGCUGUAUCUGCUCAAGGUUUUGGCAAUCCAGGAGGUGCUCCCGCUUGGAAGAGGGAAGCUGAGCCAGCUGUAUCUGCUCAAGGUUUCGGCAAUCCAGGAGGUCCUCCUGCAUGGAAGAGAGAGGCUGAGCCUGCUGUAUCUGCCCAGGGCUUUGGUAAUCCCGGUGGCGCUCCUGCUUGGAAGAGAGAAGCCGCACCAACUGUAACUGCCCAGGGAUUCGGCAACCCAGGAGGUGCUCCUGCAUGGAAGAGAGAGGCUGAGCCAGCUGUAUCUGCUCAAGGUUUCGGCAAUCCAGGAGGUGCUCCUGCAUGGAAGAGAGAGGCUGAGCCUGCUGUGUCUGCCCAAGGCUUUGGUAAUCCCGGUGGUGCUCCCGCCUGGAAGAGAGAGGCCGAGCCAACUGUCGCUCCUCAAGGCUUCGGUAACCCUGGUGGUGCACCAGCCUGGUAA